AUGGCUGGUCCCCAGCUCAGCGCGUGGUGCCAGCCGCACGGAGGCAGUGGCCAUGUCACAGUGGGCAGCGGUGGCUGUGUCACUGUGCUGUCACCGCGGGGCUGUGACAUGGGCGCCCUGGUCCACUGUGCUGCAAUGGAGGCAGCAGAGGUGAAGCAGGUGGUCCGUGUGCUCGAGGAGCAACUGGAGGAGCAGUCUGCAAAGUCAAGGGGGUGCAAGGAGCGGCUGCAGUGUUGGGCAGCAAAGGCUGACAGAGCAGCCAUCAGGCUGGCUGCGCAGAGCUCCACGCAGCGCGCUGGCAGCAAGGAGCUGCUGCAGCACAUGGUAUGGAGGUGUGGAGGGGCUCCUGGUCCCCCCGGUCUGGGGCUGCAGACCCUGAGCCUGUGCUCUCCUUUCCACACACAGGACGGGACUCAUGAGGAUGUCUCUGAUGCUGCACAGCAGCUCCGCAGCCAGGAGGAAAACCACCUUGCCUGCAUGAGGGCCUGGCUGCGGGAGGACCAGCAGAAGGACAAGGUUCUGCAUCAGCAAAUGCAGAAGCUGGAAGAGGCUGUGGCACAGCAAGAGGAGAGGAACUUGCUGGCCAGGAGACGUGGUUUCUGUUACUGGUUGCAGAGGCUCUCCUUGAUCUUGGUCAGCCUGGAGCUGGCCAUCGGCUUCUGUCUGGCUGCUGCAGUCGUGUACACCUUGUGUCUCAACCCUGAGUUCUUCUACUGUGUGCUCAUGUAUGUGCUUCCUGAGCAGACCUACAGCAACCUCGUGUCUGCACUGGGAAGGAUUUUCCCUGUGGUCAGUGAGAGGCUGCUGCCUUCUUGACAUCCCCCCCCACCC